UGCCCUCUCAUGUCUUUCAUCCGAGACGAGUGCUUCGCGCGAUCUAGAUUUGACUCUGCAAGAAACAUUGAAGGGAUAUUGAAUUGAUUAAUAUAUUUAAAUCAUUGAGAAGAUUCUAUGGUAUUUAAUAGCGGUUGGUCACCAGUCAAGAAUAAAAGCCAAUAGAGUGCAAACAUCUAUAAGAGGAGAAAACUUACUAUGUUAAAAACGUUAAAAAUUUUAUGUGUUUUACUAAAAAUAUUUAUGCUAAUGAGGACGGCAUUCACGUCCUCUUCGAAGGAUCAGGAAGAUUGUCUAACUCAGGAUAACCCAUCCUUCAGAUUCAUCGAUGUCCAUGAGUACGUGUCAUCAAAUCUCGAAUCUGUUCAGUAUUAUUUUGAAAACGACACUGUGAGAGUAAGAAAUGAAGUCGGAGAAUCUACACCAUCUUCAGAAAGCAUUCCAAGCGAGCCAACAUGUCCUAGAGCAUUUGUGGAAUUUAACGACAGACUAAAUCAGAAAGACAUUAUUGUGACAUUCAGGUGGAACAAACCUAAAUUUACAAAUGGAGUGAUACAAAAAUAUACAGUUCAAUAUUGGUUUUUUGAGAAUCAAAUAAUUCAUAGAAGAGUUGCUAUAAUCUCAAAUUUCACGAUAUUGCAACUUAAAGUGUACAAUUUAAAACCUGAUGAAGUGUAUUAUUUCAAAGUACAAGCGCAUAACAAAUUUGGUGCUGGCACUUAUACUAAGUUUAUCAAUGUGUCGACCACACAUGAGAAUCCAGUACCUUUAUUACUCGUCAAAAAGAAAAGUGAAUUUUAUGUAUUGGAUAUAGAUUUACAGAUCGGCUUUGAACGUGAUAUAUAUAAAUACUGUACUGACAUCGUUUACUCAGCAUUGGAACAUAAAAUUUAUGGGAUUAUUCACGCCUCAAAGUUAAUAACAUUGGAAUUUAAUCCGAACGCAAUCGAAACGAAUCAAAAUUUUACAAUAAUAGCAGAAAUGGGAGGCUAUGCAUAUUCUCUGUGCAUUGAUUGGAUUCGUGGCAGUCUUUAUUGGUUAGAAUAUGAUAUUGACGAUCAUAUUUACAUUAUAAAAUUCGACUUAAUAUUACUACAACAAAAAGACAUCAAAACAUACAAAAAAAUCGCAUUUGCUGCAAAGUCUGAUAUAUUUUUAACAGUAUUGCCAUAUAAGAGACAUUUUUAUUGGACAGAACAUUCUUCAAUAGUGCAAACGGAUUUCAAUGGUAGAAACAAAUUAUAUAUGACAAACAAUAAAUGCUUCUGCCUCAACACAUUUCUAGGAUUGCAAAUUAAGUACAAUCUCAUGACGAUUGAUACAACAAAUAUUGACGAGCCGCUAAUAUAUUGGAUAAUAAACGAUGAAUAUUUAAUCGUAACGGAUAUUAAUGGUUGUAAUUGCAAAGUUUUAAGUCUUCGAAAUCAAUCAAUUUAUUAUUAUCGUUAUUUAUCUAUUGAUAGUAAAAAUAUUUACUUAAUUUCUUAUCAAGAAAUACAUAUUUUAAGAAAGGGGAAUGCUCUUUUCCAAAGCAAAAAAAAUUUAUAUGAAUGUCUUCCAAAAAUCCAUUUUGGAGAGGGCAUUUUCUCUCGUACCGUACCUCUUGAUAAAACUUUACAAUUAUAUCGGUUCUCACACUCAAUUCGGUUUGCUUCAUAAAAGUCUUCAAUAAGCUAGAACGUACGACAGAUGGCAAGUUUUUCGCGGUAAUUCCGUCACUGAUACCAAAGCAAAAAUACGAGACAUACGUGAGUGUGUAUCCAAUCAUUCGCACAGAUGUCGUCACUGACAGUGUAAUAGAAACAGUUUACAUGUCCGAACCAAAUAAUUUAAGUUUGAAUGGGGUCGGUACAAACAGUAUGAAUAUCUCGUGGAUUCCAAGCGUUAAUCUGACGAUUCCUACUGAAUUCCUUAUACUGGAAUACAAAAAUGCUGCGUCACAAAAGAGAAUAUGGGAAAUUGCGAAUAAUAUUGAAGAGAAUAAUGAUAAAAUAACAUAUUACAUAGAAAAUUUAUUGCCGCAAACUAAGUACAAAUUUCGUUUGAACUUAAAAUAUACUGAGUAUAGAAAAAAUUUUAUAUGGCCGUCUAAUGGAGAAGAAUUUAUUUUUGAAACGCUCGAUAAGCAAAUAAAGACGAUAUAAUACCAUGUGUUUACUUUAAGAAUAUCUUAAACGUUUUUUCGCAUUAGAAAUUAAAUAAUGAAG